GGGGGGGCUCUGUCCGAAGUACGUAACGGCGGGAAUGCCCCAAAUAACCUAUCUCAAGAUAGGAGGGGCAAUAACCCACCAAAUAUCAAUGGAUCCGGAGCUGUUGAACAGCCUCGGAAUAACCAAGGACUUCAGGACCAAACCCUCGAGCGCCUGGCCCAGAUGGAGGAGCUGAUGAGGAAGCUCCUGUCAGAGAAAGAAAAAGAUGAAUAUGAUUCAGGGGACGAGAUGGAGCUCUUCGCCCUCAGCAUAGCAGCAACGGCUUACCCACCUGGUUUCCGUGCACCUGUCUUAGUUCAAUGGGGACGGAGAUCCGUCGGAUCAUGUGGGGAUGUUCAACACCCUAAUGAUGGCCCACAACAUUGGCCCUGAGCUGAGGUGUUUAAUAUUUCCUUCCACACUGAUUGGACCAGCCAGGCAGUGGUUCAAGCAAGGCAAAAGACAGUCAAUCAACUCCUGGAAAACUUUCUCGGCUGAUUUCAAAAGGGCAUUCCGAGCCUCCCAGGCUGCCCGCGUUCAGGCCGACUCUCUGGCUAACGUGAGGCAGCAGCCCGGCGAAACUCUGAAGGCCUACCUGAGCAGAUUUGCGAACGUCGCUGCUUGGGCUAGAGACGCGGAUGAUAGCUCCAAGCUCAUGGCCAUGAGAACUGGAAUCCUCGUCGGAGGGGAGCUCUGGAAAGAUAUACAAAGAAAGGGAGUCAACUCGGUUAACGAAUUCCUCAACAGGGCCCAGGAAUGGAUCAACUUGGAGGAAGCCGAAGCCUCAGCUGCAGGAACCAGCCAGGUCCCUGAUCAGCCCGUUGGAGUGGGGACGGAGGUCGUGGCAGCGACCCAAAACGUCACACAGAACAACCAGCUCGGUGGAGGCAAAAGAAAGGGGAAUGGCGAAAACAGCCAGCACGGCCCAAAGAAGAAUAAGUCCGUAGACAAGUUCAAGCCCGUCUACACGACUUAUACAGAGCUUACCCAGUCUAGGGAGAAUAUCUUCCUAGCUAACUCUACUCGCCUCCCCUGGAAGAGGCCGGAGCCUUUGAAGCACCAAAAGGGGAAGAGAGACACCUCCAAGUUUUGCCGUUUUCACAACGAUGUUGGCCACAAUACUGAUGAUUGUAGGCAUUUGAAAGAUGAGAUCGAGACUUUCAUCCGAGCCAGCCCCUUGGCUCAGUUUGCGCGGAACAGGGUUCCAGCAAGUCGACCUGCUCCGGAAGUCCCGGCAAGUCAGCCCGGGUCUCGGAUAGAUCAGGACGUCCCUCCUCCCGUGAUAGGAGGGGAGAUAUCCACCAUCUCUGGAGGUCCGCAUAUGGCUGGCACGAGCAGGGGUGCCCAGAAGAGGUACGUGAACGAACUUAAGGCGCACAAUGGAGUAGAGUUCGUCCCGGAGCAGCGCCUGCCAAAGCAACAACGAUUGGAAAAGCAACCGAUCAUUUUUACAGAAGAUGAUGCGGGCCAUGUCCAGUUCCCGCACAAUGACCCUCUGGUUGUAGCAGUUCAGCUCGCUAAUCGGAGGGUUAGGAGGGUGCUGAUCGACAAUGAGAGCUCGGUGAACCUCCUAUUCCGGUCCACAUUAGAGAAGAUGGGUUUGACUGUCGCCGAGCUGAAGGCGACCUCCAUGAUGCUAUAUGGUUUUUCGGGAGAAGGAUCAGCGACUAUAGGGACUAUCGAGCUGGUGAUCACCCUGGGGGAAGGAUCUCGGAUAGUCUCCAAACUCCUCGAGUUCGUGGUCAUCGACUGCUCCGCUGCGUACAACACAAUUUUGGGACGAUCUACGCUCAUAGCUUUUGAGGCCGUCACUUCCAUCCGCCACCUCGCGAUGAAAUUCCCUACUUCCAAGGGAAUAUGCACUAUCCGUGGCGAUCAGCUCGCUGCCAAGGAAUGCUACAACAUUUCCAUGAAGGGAAAAUCGAAACCCGGGCAGCUGGCAAUGGCCAUCCAAAGUGGUGAAGAGGAAUCUCGGGACCCCUUGUCUGGUCUUGAGAUUGAAAACCCUCAAAGCGCCGAAGGGGAAAAUAUCGUCUUGAGUGAGGAUAUUGACCCCCGAAUAGGCGAGGACAGAUCCGAGCUCCAAGUUAUUGAGGAGCUUGAGGAAGUAAACAUUGAUCCGCAGAACCCAUCACGGAUGGUCAGGCUCGGAAAAAACCUCUGCAGCGAGAGGAAGGCGGAGCUGAUCAGAUUUCUGCGGGAUAACCUAGAUGUGUUUGUGUGGUCACACGAGGACAUGGUGGGAAUCAGCCCGAGUGUCAUCAUGCACACACUUCAUCUGGAUAAAAACGUUCCUGCAAAGUCCCAGAAGCAGAGACGCCUAGGAACAACCCGGGCUGAAGCCUUAGAGGAAGAAGUAGCCCGGCUAAAAAAAUGUGGCUUUAUCCGUGAAGCCAAGUUUCCGAUUUGGGUUGCCAACCCCGUGCUGGUCCCGAAGCCCAACGGGAAAUGGCGUACCUGCAUCGACUUCUCCGACCUGAAUAAAGCCUGCCCCAAGGAUUGUUUUCCAUUGCCAAGGAUUGACCAGUUGGUGGAUGCCACGGCGGGGCACGAGCUUAUGUCAUUUAUGGACGCGUACUCUGCCCUCAAAUACAGGAGGUUGAUGCUUCCUGAACCGUUCAUAAAGAGGUUCCCAUUUGUUUCCUACCUCAGGCAGCUGCCCAAUAACUGGCACCGACAUAGAAGGUGCCUCUGAAACACUGGCCACUACAGGCACUUGUUGCUGUCUUAGGAGACGAAGCUCCUCCCCCUGUUUCAGCACUGUUGCCUGCAAUUCAUCAAACAACUGCUGCCAGUUCGCAGGAGCUGGCUUUGGAACCUGGGAUUGGUCAUUCACUUGACCUUGGCUGUUAUUAUUCUGGCCUGGAUCACUCUGGCCAGCUGACAUGUCUGUCUGCCCUGGAUUCAUUCUGUCACUGAUACCUUACUGAAACAACAAUCAAUACGGCUAGUCAGGUAGUAAUAACUAAACCUCUUGCCGCCUUACGGUCCAAGAACAAACAGACAAUUAUCACAUUCCACAGUCAUACACAUAUACGAGCAGAUACAUGUUUAUAGCAUUCAGCACACAGCAUGUAUCACAUAAUAACUCAUAAACAACCACACUAAUAAGCAGGUUCUAGCAAUCUCAGUACUAAUUAGCACACAUUUGCUGAAUAUAUAAUAUCUCAAGGCACAAGUUUAACAUGGUGUCUCAUGCGCACAGGUAAAGCAUAUAUACCACAUUUAAGCAGUUAUACAUAUAACCACAUAAAUAGUUACCCAACCCAUGAGUCGAGCUUGACUUUAGUGAUGUGUGUACAUGCCCAGCCAGUCUACAGGAACCUUAACCUUGGCAUUGCUCUGACACCAAGUUGUAACGCCCUGGUAACCCUAGAACAGUUACGGUGAACAGUGAACCAGAGAUUUGACCCGCUACCCGAGUCCUUUGGUUAAAAACGUGAUCUAAGUGUUAUUAUCAGGUUAAGGUGAAAAACCAGUAAAAAGGAAAUGAUGCAUUUCAUUAAGUAAAUAAACUGCUCAUGAGCCAUUCAAAACGUUUACAAGUUGUUUACAGUACAAAAUGGUCGCUAUUGUUUCAAAUUUACAAUCCCCGCCGACCUAAGCGGCAAAAAUAGGGUAAACCCCUAGUCCCUCUGAAAACUCCUUGGCCGUGGUGGUCAAGCGGCCAAAUAUGUACACAACACCACCUAAGCUCUCCACUCAAGGUUGGGUGAACUUCUCUUUCCCUUUACCUGCACCACAUAGCACCCAUGAGCCAAGGCCCAGCAAGAAAACACAAUAAAGCAUGAUAUAAUAUCAACAAUGAUCAUAAUAAUCAUCCAGGACUAACAGUCCAAAACAGAUAGGUGACAGUAGCAAAAGUCACAAAAGUGGGUACAGCUCCCUUUAUCCAUGUGACGAUAGGGUCACCAGGGCUUAACUGAUAAGUUAUCCUUUCAUAAGUUUGAUCAGGAUAGGUGUAUGGUGAAUAGUCACCAACAUAACUUUCCUCAUGACCAUAGGGUCAUAACCUUGGAACGUCGUUCCCUAGCCAUGUGACAACAGUCACCGGGGCCUUAUGCCCUGGCUCUGAGUACUAGUUUUAGACUAGUCAAGCGCUUAUAAGUUCAUCGACCUUAGGGUUGGUCCAGCAUUAAUGCCAUAGAGCCAUUCAAUGCUGAUAUCGAUUAGAUCUAAUCUUUAUUCGGCCCUGCGUUUAGAAUGCUUAUGUCGUUUCUGACCUUUAGGUCAAUGUCCCUGACUAGUCAGUGCCAUACACAAGUAAUCAACAUUCACUAGCAUUUAAUAUGCAAUCCAUGUCCACAUAUAUCAACCAACAUGCUUCAAUAACAAACCAUGCAUGUCAUAUACAUAUACAGGGUGCAAUUGUAUUCAUACACUGUUUUCUUACCUCUGGUUCAAGUGAGAAUUAAUAUAAGAAUGACCCUUGAGAACGAUCAAUCUUUUAAUUCCUUGAUGGUCACCUACUCAUAACCAAAAUAUAGGAUUCAUCAAUGAAAAUGAUAACAAAGGUUCCCAAACCAAAACCUAGCCUCCGAGACAUCGUUUCCCACUAAACCGGGUAGUAGGAUCGAUCCCGAGGCCUAAGGUUUGAAUCCCCAAGCUAAACACACAAUUCUGCCAAAAUUGCCCUGAUGGGCCGCGGCUCACCCAUCUGACAGGGCCAUUUCCCUCACAAAAACAACCGUAGGCCGCGGCUCACCAUAGCCAUGCCACGGCCCUUUACCAGCACCAGGUUGCUUUCCCCUGCGUUUUCCCCCGGAACCAACCCUUCAAACCAGUUCCAAACCUCUUCCAAACACUCAAUCCAACCCCUAAACAUCACCUAUAUCAAAUACUCAUCAAAACCCAAGUUAAACAUCAAUCAAACUUCCAUCAAUUCAACUAUCCAUCAAGAGAGUUACAAACUAAAAACUCAAAGCUAAAACAGAGUAAAACCAGAAACCAAUGGCUAAAACUCACCUCAAACCCGAGAUUAAACCUCCUUCUAUGGCUGAACCAAGUCUGCAAACCCAGUUCCUUGAUUUUCUAGCUUAAUUCCCCAAUUCACGCUCAAAAACUCCAAAGAGGAAAUGGAAGAGAGUGAUGCACGGGAAGGAGAAGGAAAAACCCUGUUUUUGUUCUAUUUUUCUACAGCCAACUAAAGGUCAUAUACAUCCAACCAAAUGACCUAAAUGCCCCUAAGUCAUUAAAAGUUUCUAAAACCUUCCCAAGGGAAAAAUUGGUACUUUCGAACCUAUACCGUUAAUUAUAAUUAACGCUCUCCAAUUCCCGCUAACCUCAACAAUCUCAAACACCAAUAAUUCAUAUCCCAUUACCCUAUAAUUCCCGGUAACGCUCUAAUCAUCAAAAAUACCCCGAGACUCACCCCGAGCCCCGAGCUUAAGCCUGUUAUGACCAAACCGAUAAAUUAUACUUAAAGAUUGUCUCAUGCCGAAUAACUCGAACCAAUCCACAUUAUAAUGUGGCCUCACAAUAUAUCAUUGACAUGCAAACAAAUAUACAAUUAUGCCCUCAACGGGCCAAAUUACCAAAACACCCCUGUAAACAAAUGUGGACCCACAUGCAUGCAUUUAACAUCAUAUUAUAAUAUAAUUCUCAUAAACAUGCAUAAUUUCAUUUAAUGGCAUAAUUAAACAGUUAUGGCCCUCCCGGCCUACUAAUCCGGCCAUUAAACCAUAUUAGGGAAUCUGGGGCAUUACAAAAUCCCUAGAACCUCUUGAACUCUUCAAAUUCCAAUUCUUUGAUCUUGUUGUAGUGUCCCAUGAGUAAGAAAAACAUGUUUGUAUCCCAUGCCCUUGAGAUUUUUUGUCCCCUAAAAAAUAAUUUAUUAGGAAAGCAUGUAUAUGGCUGAUCAGUCAUCUUAUUUGAGAGUCACCAAAAUAACCUGAAAACUUAACCCAACAAGGGUACCAUAAACACGCCCCCCAAGCCGUUCGAGUAUGCCACCAUCUGCUUGGAUGCAAAGGCACAAUCACUCGGACGCCAGGGCACCAUCACUCGGACACCAUGCAUCCACUCGGGCACCACGCCAUCUGCUCGGACCAUGCCAUCCACUCAGACCAGCACCCAGCCGAUCGGACACUCUUCCAUCCGUUCGGACACCACAAGAACAGCUCGGACGCACGCCAUCCACUCGGACACCACGCAAACUGCUCGGGAACCAUGCCAUCCACUCGGACUAGCGCCCAGCUGAUCAGACGCUCUUCCAUCCGCUCGGACCUGAAUGCUCCCAAGCCUUUGGGCUUGUAAAAAUGGUUCAUGCAUUUUAGGCACCUAAUUUUUUUUUCUUAUUAUUGUUACCCUCAUACAUGUUUAUCUAGGGAGUAAAAAAUAUUUUUACUACUCAGAAAAUAUUUUACUGGGUAGUAAAUAAAUAUUUUUCAUUUGCAUUGAUGGAUUUAUGUUUGUUUGGUUCACUCACCUCCCCAUACUUUUUUGUAGAUGAAUCUCUUCGAGAACAGGGGAUGUGACAACCAUACAAACUCUGAUUCUUCAGUUCCCAAGUCAAGCGACACUCCUCAAAGCAGCGAUUCUUCGUCCAAAUCUCCUAGCAGUCGUACUCCCGAAGAUCGCCUUCGUCGCCUUAAAAAAAACCUUCCCCGGUCGUCUUUAUACUUCCUUCACGAAGAAUAGUUUCUUAAUCAACAGCUUCAACAUCCGCCAAUGAGGAUGAAAAAAUCUAAUCAACUUCCUCAAGACCAAGAUCCUCAAGUGGCUCGAAGAGGGACACAAAAGGUAAUGGAACGUAGUAAAGCUCAAACUACAGCUUCUUCAAGGCCUCCUCGCCAGGUCCAAAAAGCUAGUAAACCCCGGAAAAAGACUACCUAGAACUUUACAACUAAGAUUCGGAAAUCAGCUGCUCUAAAACCAAGAAAAGAUGAAGAUGGAACGCCUUCUUGGUUUAUAGUCAAACCUUGUAAACUCAACUCCAAAAUGUUCAAUAAACACAUUCAGGCUUCGGGCCUUGAAGGAGUAAAUAUGAUAUUCCCGCGACCUCACCAGAGAGCUAACAAUCCUGGGGGACCCUACUGCGCCUGGUCCAGAUACCACAUAUUUGUAGGAGCUACUAUCCCACUGCAUCCCUUUUUUCAUUCGGUAGUAGAUUACUUCAAUGUCUCUCCCUUCCAGAUAGCUCCUAAUGGAAUUCAAGCACUAUCUGCUCUAUACAUUCUUUAUUAUUUUUAAGGUUGGGAUCCACCUACUCCUCAUGAAGUGCAUUACCUUUUUGACUUUAGGACCAACCUAAGCCACAAGAAUACAUGUUUUUUCCACCUCUUCCGUAGGCAAAAAGGGAUUAAGUAUCUCCAUGGUAUCGCUCAUAAAUCGAAUCCCGGAAAAUACUACACAAAAUAUUUCCUCACUUCAGAUAUUAAGGCCAACAACUUGGCUUUCACACAUGCAUGCCCUUUUCAUCAACCUCUACCAAGUAGGGAAAUGUAUUCCCAAGCAGAAGAACUUGCUAACAUGUCUAUUGAAGAGAAAAAUGUCAAGGAGUUGGUCAACGUGGAAAAUCUUCAACUGGUGGGGUUAUUAUCAAGCAAUCAGAACAUCAUAAAGGUCGGUACACUAAAGAAGCAAACACAACCGAUCAAUCAAAUGUUGAUACUGAAGUAGUGACAGAUCAGUUCUCUCCUGAACUAUCUCCCUACUCACGCCGACCAGGUGACCUUAUUAUUAAGGAACCUUUUCCAGAAGACCAUCGCAGACGCGCCGUUCCUACCAGGCCGGGGAAAGGAAAGAACCUUGAGCUCCCUAGAGAAGUCAACUCAUCAUCUAAAGAAGAAAUCAACUUUCUCGAUGAAAUUCUAAACUCAGAUCCAGAUAUGUUUAAACAAUUCAACACUUUCUCUGCCCAAAAGAGGAAAUCUAGGGAAGUUAGUAGCUCAAACCCUCCGAGCAAAGUCGCAAAGAAUGUACCGACUAGCCAGGGGAGAUUAUCUGACCAGCCUAUCACCAUUCCGCAAUUGACUCCUUCAUCAAUUCCUCCUUCUGCUAGCUUAACAACUACCCGAUCGGCUAGCUUAAGUGAGCCACUUCGCAUUGCUGGUGAUAUUGGAAAGGAAUUGCUUGACCACACUCUACACCAUGCUACAACAACUUAAACCUUUGAGUCUUUACCUCGGCUUAGUGUUGAAGUUGUCCUGAAAAGAGGUCUUGCUCAAAUGAUGAGUGCACUUAUCACUAUCAGUCAUGCUCAACACUGAGCAGUAGACUAUAAGGAAUUGGUCAAAUUCUUGAAUGAUCAGUUGGUGGAAUCCUAAGCGAAGAUAAAGCACCUGACAAAAUCUGAGAAAGACCUUCAAGAAAAAACUGAGCAGGCAAAAAAAAUAGUUGCUGACCGAGAAAGAACAUUGAAGGGUUGACGGAUGAGAACAACAAACUCAUCCAAACCAACAAGAAAUUAAUCGAUCAGCAGGAGAAACAUGUUCAAGAGAUCGAGGAGUUGAAGCAGGAUAAGGAAGCUGAUCUCACUCGCUAUGAAGAAAUCUACUUCAACUGCUUCUACCAGAUUUGGAAGCUGAACAAACCUCUCAACCUUGACUUUCUUUCUGAAGAAGCAAAAGUCGAGGAGCUCGCCAAAUGUGAAGCCAAGGCUUCCGAGAAGGCAGCUCUUCCAGCUGGCAUUGUGCCUGCCUCUCCUGCUCUAUCUUUUCGACUUGAGGAAGCUCCUGAUGACGACAGUGUUGACUAACCAGGAAACAAUCUUCCCGACCAGUGAGCAUCUUGGACCGACCAGAGAACACAUUUGGCCGAUCAGAGGCCAUGCUCAACUAGAACAGUGAAAACUUUGUUCCCAACUAGUAGUUUACUUCUUUUUCUCGCACUUUUUGUGAAGAAAAUUGCUGCUUAGUAUCUUUGAUAUUUUUCUCGUACAGCCGAGCUGUUGGUAUUUAUACUUUACUUUUCUUUGCUAACUUGAAAUAUUCUAAGUCUUUUUAGACUUAAAACAUUAUAAGUUUUUUGUGAAUAGUAAAGUCACUCUGAUGUGUGCCUUAUAUUUUCGCAUGAGUACUUAGUUUUCUAACUUAGAAAUUCUAGACAUUUCAUAAGUCCCUACUAAGAAUACUUUCUCACACUCUUAUUGCUCUAACAUUUUAUGAGCAUAAUGUUUAUUGUCACACGAA